AGUUUGCGCAUGCGCCGAAUGGCGAUUUUACAGUGAUAAUUCUUUGAGUUUUCAUAUUUUCUAAAAUAAGAAAUUUUAUCAUAGUUAGUGUAACAACAAUGAUUUUGAGAUAAAUUGUAUAAAAGUGUUAUUAGUCGAAGUGUAGAACUGCUAAAAACGGAAAUAUUGUUGAAAAGUUUUGAUAAUAGAAGUGUUGUUGGUGUUUGAGUGUGGCAUGGGGAGAGACUGCACGCCCCUACGGGUGUGGUGACAUGGGCUGCUCGGCUUCUGAAGCCGUGCACCGGGAGUGAGCAGUGUGGGGCCGGGCUGGCACACAUCUAGUAUUAUGAACAAACGCGAAGGCAACAAGGAGAAGGAACGUCAGAGUGACGAUAAAAGAACUUCCACCGCUACCGGCGCGGUGGGCGGGCGCGGCGUGGGCAGCAGCGCGAUGCAUCCGUCGCGGCACUCCGUCACCUCGUCGUCGGGCGUGUUGAUGGUCGGGCCCAACUUCCGCGUCGGGAAGAAGAUCGGCUGCGGGAACUUCGGGGAGCUCCGACUGGGGAAAAAUCUGUACAACAAUGAACAUGUAGCGAUUAAGAUGGAGCCUAUGAAAUCCAAGGCUCCGCAACUCCAUCUAGAGUACCGAUUUUACAAGCUACUCGGUACACAUGCCCCCUCGACAGCGGAAGGCAUCCCGGAGGUGUACUACUUCGGGCCGUGCGGCAAAUACAACGCGCUGGUGAUGGAGCUCCUCGGGCCGUCGCUGGAGGAUCUCUUCGAUCUGUGCGGCCGGCGGUUCUCUCUAAAGACUGUGUUAAUGAUCGCUAUGCAGCUGCUACAUCGUAUCGAGUAUGUUCACACGAGACAUCUAAUAUACCGAGACGUGAAGCCGGAGAAUUUUUUAAUAGGUAGAACAGCAACUAAAAGAGAAAAAAUCAUCCACAUCAUUGAUUUUGGUUUGGCCAAAGAGUAUAUAGAUUUAGAGACAAACAAACAUAUCCCAUAUCGGGAGCAUAAGUCACUCACCGGGACCGCAAGAUACAUGUCAAUAAAUACACAUUUAGGAAAAGAACAAUCUAGACGCGACGACCUAGAGGCUCUCGGGCAUAUGUUUAUGUAUUUUUUACGUGGUUCCUUACCCUGGCAAGGUUUAAAAGCUGAUACACUCAAAGAAAGAUACCAAAAAAUUGGUGACACCAAGCGUGCGACGCCUAUUGAGGUGUUAUGCGAGGGCCACCCCGAGGAGCUGGCGACGUACCUGCGCUACGUGCGGCGGCUGGACUUCUUCGAGACGCCGGACUACGACCAGCUGCGCCGCAUGUUCCGCGACCUGUUCGAGCGGCGCGGCUACCAGGACGACGGCGAGUUCGACUGGACCGGCAAGACCAUGCCCUCCAACAUUCACGUGAUGCGCAUAUUGCGUAACGCGCCACCCUCCAAUGUCGUUAGAACUAAGUCGGACAAGUCGACGCCCGUGGGGUCCAUCCAGACCGGGCACGAGAUCGUGGUGUCGCCGAACCGGGCGCACCAGCCCUUCCACAAGGAUGAUUUGUGUGAUUAUAUGAUUGGUCUGGUGGAGGACGAUGAAGCGGCCCUUAUCCAGGGUACGGCGAAGGAGGCGGGCUUGGGCGGCGCCACCAACUCUGGCGGCAACUGGCCGCACAGCGGCAAGGCCACCCCGCUCACCGCCGGACACCUCACCCCCGCCGACCGUCACGGCUCCGUGCAGCUGUUGAAGAAUAAGCAUUUUCGGUGGUGUCGUCGACGAACGGCGAGCUGGGCGCGGACGACCCCACGGCGGGGCACUCCAACACCCCCAUCACGGCGCCCCAGCACGACCAAGACCUCCAGGACGACACCAAGUCAGUGUUCCAACUGCAAUCCGUCUAUUCCAGGUGCUGCUGCUUCUUCAAACGCAAAAAGAAGAAGUGCGCCGCCCGCGCGGGCAAGUGACGCGCGCACACACACACGCACCGUCACACACACACACACACGCCACACACGUGCCCGCACACACGCCCGCAUGCGCGAACCGUUCGCGGGUUCGCGAAACCCUUCGCCGGCCUCUCGCGCUUCUAGCGAGGAUAUCGCCCCAACCCGCUCGAUUAGGGUGUACGGCAUGUGAUUUUUCUAUCUCUGA